AUCGUUCUUAGUCGGUCACAAGCGCAUGAGGCGAUCGGUCGAGUUUUUAUCCGCUUUCUUGAAAUAAACCAAGUCUUAAUCGACAGUGUUGGCUAGAUUGUGUGCCAAAACAGCAAUCUUUGUUUGGUAAACAACCGCUCGCUUUCCGCAACAGUAGCUAUCUACCGGAGCUUGACCCUAGACUCAGGUUGGCGUAAUGGCCUGUAAGAUGGAUAUUACCUUUGAAAACGGCACCAAAAUGCCAGCUCUGGGAUUCGGUACUUGGCGGGCAUCUGACGAAGAGGUGGAGAGAGCGCUGAAUGAGGCACUUGAAGCCGGUUACCGUCACAUCGACACGGCGCCCGUUUAUCUCAAUGAGAAGACGAUUGGAAAGGUAUUGAAGGAGUGGUUGGAUGCUGGGAAAGUGACCCGGGAUGAGUUGUUCAUCGUGACCAAACUACCGCCGCAUGGUACAAGAGCCAGUACAGUGCAAAAGUAUCUAAAACGAUCGCUCGAUGAUCUUCAGUUGGCAUACGUGGAUCUGUAUCAUAUUCAUGUACCAUUCACUGUGCCGGAAGUAGAUGGUCCUUUUCUGAUGGAUGACGAUGGCCAGAUUGUGCUAGAGACGACAACGGAUCACGUUGCUCUUUGGAAGGCCAUGGAGAAAGUGCAUGAGGACGGUCUCGCACGCAACAUAGGCCUAUCGAAUUUCAACCAACGGCAGAUACAAAGAAUUCUUGAUAAUUGCCAAAUCAAGCCAGCUAAUCUGCAGAUCGAGAACCACAUCUAUCUGCAGCAACCGGAACUGGUGAAGUUCUGCAAGGCUAAUGGUAUCAGUGUCACGGCAUACUCGCCGCUCGGUUCGAGAGGAAUCGAAAAACUGUUGAACCGAGAAGUGCCGGACCUGCUAGACAAUCCGGUGGUGAAGGAAAUUGCCGAGAAGCUAGGCAAAACGGCAGCCCAGGUGUUGUUGCGUCAUCUGCUGCAGCGAGGAAUUUCAACGAUCCCGAAAAGCACGAACCCCAAGCGUUUGCGGGAAAAUAUAGAUCUAUUUGAUUUCGACAUAGAAGAUUCGGAUAUGGUGCGUUUGAAUGCGCUGGAUCAGAACAUUCGUAUUUGCGAUUUCGGAUUUUUCCCGGGAAUUACCAAGCAUCCGGAAUUUCCUUUCUAAGCUACAGUAUUUUAUUUCGAUAUAUGAAAUUCAACCAAUUUUAAUUGACAACAAGGAUUUAUUAGUAAUUCCUCAUUUUACCGUAUUGCUACACCUAUAUUCAAAUUUAGAAGCAAAUCAUUUUAAUAAAACAUACAAUAUGAUUGUAAUUACGAACUUAAAUAAAUGAUG